AUGGCAGUAUCGCGCGUGCAAUUCGCACUUCUAUUCGCGUUCCUCAUGGCGAUAGUGACAGCUGCGUUGGCGGACAAAAGCGGCAUGAAUCAUUUGUCGUCCACGUUGAUGGGUCGAUACGAGAUCCCGCAUAACGACUCCAAGCUCGGCAGGAAAACGGUCGGUGACCGCCGUGGAAUUGGAUUCAUGAGGCUCAAGAUUUACAAGGAUGACAGGGGCCCCAUUGGGAUGAAUUAUGAAGUGAUUGCAGUCGGGCUGGAAGGAUACGCAGCCCCAAUCAAGACACAGAUACAUGCGGCACAGAAAGGCUGGAAUGGGGAAAGGGUUAUUGAUUUGCCCUGCCGCUACUUGCCACAGAAACAGCAGGGCAGGCGCACACUCUGGCGGUGCGAGGGUUCGCUUGGGAUGCACGAUAUAAGGCUGUGGGACGAACUCAGGUCUGCACUAGUGGCAAUAGUCGAAAGACCAACGAGCUUUUACGGGAACAUUCUUACGAAGCGAUACCCUGAUGGUGCAGUGCGGGGCCAGUUUAAAAAGGCAUAG